AUGAAACAUGAUGAGUCUGUGAAUCAACCACAGGACUUUGAUGAAAGCUUUUGUCAUGGCAUCAGCCAUGGUGUCCUCAGCACAUUUAGAUCAAAUCUGAAGAAGAAGUUUGAGUAUCUGUAUGAGGGAACAGCGACGCAGGGAAACCCAAAACUCCUGAAUGAGAUCUACACAGAGCUCUACAUCACAGAGAGUGAGAGUGGAGAGAUCAGUAAUGAACACGAGGUGAGACAGAUUGAGACUCAAUCCAGGAGAGAAGCAACAGAGGACACACCGAUCAAAUGUAGUGACAUCUUUAGAGCUUUACCUGGACAAGACAAACCCAUCAGAACUGUGCUGACAAAGGGAGUCGCUGGCAUUGGAAAAACAGUCUCUGUGCAGAAGUUCAUCAUGGACUGGGCUGAAGGGAAAGAGAAUCAGGACGUCCAGCUCAUAUUUCCUCUUCCUUUCAGAGAGAUCAAUCUGAUGAAGGACAAAACACUCAGUCUUUCAGGUCUCCUUCAGGUCUUUUUCCCUGAAACAAAAGAAAUGGAAAUAUCCAGUGAUGAAUAUAAAGUGUUGUUCAUCUUUGAUGGUCUGGACGAGUGUCGUAUGUCUCUAGAUUUUCAGAGUGAUGUAAGGUUGUGUGAUGUAAGUGAAUCAGCAUCAGUGGAUGUGCUGCUUAAGAACCUCAUUGUGGGGAAUCUGCUUCCCUCUGCUCUCAUCUGGAUCACCUCCAGACCAGCAGCAGCUGAUCUCGUCCCCUCUGAGUGUGUCCAUCGAGUGACAGAGGUACGAGGCUUCAAUGACCCACAGAAGGAGGAAUACUUCAGAAAGAGAGUCAGUGAUCAGAGUCUGGCCGAGAGGAUCAUCUCACACCUGAAGUCAUCAAGGAGCCUCUUCAUCAUGUGCCACAUCCCAGUGUUCUGCUGGAUCUCAGCCGCUGUUCUGGAGAAGAUGUUGAGUCGAGCAGAGAGUGGAGAGAUUCCCAAGACUCUCACUCAGAUGUACACACACUUCCUGCUCCUUCAGACCAACAUCAAACAUGAGAAGGACUAUGAGAAGAAGAUGACAGAUGAAGACAUGAUCCUCAAACUGGGGAAACUGGCUUUUCAGCAGCUUGUGAAAGGCAAUCUGAUCUUCUAUGAGGAAGACCUGAGAGAGUGUGGCAUUGAUGUGACAGAAGCAUCAGUGUACUCAGGAUUGUGCUCUCAGAUCUUCAGAGAGGAGUUUGGCUGGUAUCAGGGGAAAGUCUUCAGCUUUGUUCAUCUGAGCAUUCAGGAACAUCUAGCAGCUCUAUAUGUGCACCUCUUUUUUAUAAAGAACUGCUCACAAAUGUUCCCUAGUUUGACCUCUGACCUCUCUAUGUUAUUUAAGUAUACUUUAUCAGACAUACAUCAGAGAGCUGUGAAUGAGGCUCUAAAGAGUAAAAAUGGACAUCUGGACCUUUUCCUGCGGUUUCUUCUGGGUCUGUCAGUGGAGUCUCAUCAGGUUCUUUUACAGGAAUUAAUGAAACAGACAAGAAGCAGCUCUGACAGCAAUGAGGAAACAAUUGAGUACAUCAAGAUGAAGAUCAGAACCAUUGACUCUCCAGGGAAAUCCAUCAAUCUGUUCCACUGUCUGAAUGAACUGGGUGAUCAUUCACUAGUGGAGGAAAUACAACAGUAUCUGAAAUCUGGAAAAAUACAUGAAGCCAAACUCUCUUCAUCUCAGUGGUCAGCUGUAGCUUUUGUGUUAUUUACAUCAGAGAAUGAGCUGGAUGUAUUUGACAUUAAUAAUUUUGUUGGAGAAAACAGAGAAACCAAAAAAAUUGAAGUUUUUCAGAAGCUGCUGCCUGCGAUUAACAAAUACAGAUCAGUUCAGUAAGUAUCAUGAGAACAAUCACUUCACUG